AUAUUUUGAAAUAUUCAAUUUGAUAUAUUAAAAUUAUCACAAUGAAAAAAUGUUCGUUUAUCCAUUGAAAAGAUGAGUAUUACUAAAAAAAUACUAAUGUUAUUACAAUGAAACUUUUUACUCGUAGAGGAAGUUGAGCGUACAAUUCAAUCGUAAACGUGUAAUUUCAACCAAUUUUCUCGUCAUUUCGUAAAAAUUCAAACCGGUAUUCAACAAUCCCUCAGUUUCAAUAACAGCGAUUCAUUUCUAAAUUUACGCACACGUAUUUAAUAUUUCAUGUACGCAAGCGCAAUGAAGUUUCCCCAAAGAAGCAACAUUGCCGUAUGCAACAUGGUCAGUCACGAACAAGCUUUCAUCCGACUGAAAAAUGCCUCGAAUCAGAAACGCGAAAGAAGGCAUAAAUCAUACCCUUUGCUUUGCAUAUCCGCUCUCGAAAAUGGUCGGUUGCUGGCCACUGAACAUCCCAUCUUCCACGUUCUCCAAAAUUUUUAAUUCCUUUAUAAUUUUUAUCUCGUACUUGCUCUCAUUGAUAGUCUUGGUCCCAGGCCUUCUGUAUCUAUUUCUGAAAGAGAAAAACGGCAGGAGGAAGAUCAAAAUGAUGAUGCCACUUAUGAGCACUAUCGCACAAAUGACUAAAUAUACGAUACUGUUGAGACGAAUGAAGGAAUUUAGCAAAUUAUUGGACGAGAUAAAGAAGGAUUGGUCGACAGCCACGCAGGAGAAUCGACAAAUUUUUAGCACGAGGGCGUCCAUCGAGCACAAGCUGACGACGGUAAUAGCUAUCACUAUAUACGGAGGAGGUUUCUUUUACAGGAUGAUCCUUCCACUUUCGAAAGGUAGAAUCGUUUUACCCAACAAUGUAACUAUAAGAUUGUUACCCUGCCCGGGUUACUUUGGCUCCUUGAACGUUCAAAUUACCCCGAAUUACGAGAUAAUCUUCACGCUGCAAAUUCUCGGCGGAUUUAUCAUUUACACAGCUCUGUGCGGCGUGAAGAGUUCUUGUUUGAUGCUCUGUAUGCACAUGUGCGGUUUGUUGAGGAUCUUGACGAACAAGGUGAUGGAACUCACGAGUGACAAGGAUGAAAAAGUCGUGCAAGAAAAGAUCGUGUACAUUGUUCAGUAUCAGACGAGGAUCAAAGAAUUUUACAAUUACGUUGAUCAAUUCGUACCCUAUGUUUAUUUCAUCGAAAUGAUUGUCGGAGUAUCGAUUACGUGUGUACUUGGUUACUGCAUAAUCGUGGAAUGGGAAGAUAGCGAUGCCAUGGCUAUAACUGCUUAUAUCGUCCUGCAAGUGACUUGCGUCUUUGGCACAUUCUCGAUAUGCUACGCCGGUCAACUUCUAGUCGACGAAAGCGAGAAUGUUAGACAGGCGUGUAACACGUUGAACUGGUAUCGAUUACCUACAAAGAAAGCUCGCAGUUUGAUAUUAUUGAUCAUUAUGUCGAAUUAUCCGCUAAAAGUCACGGCAGGAAGAAUUAUAGACGUAUCCUUGGUCACGUUUACUAGCAUCAUUAAGAGUGCAGUAGGAUACAUGAAUAUACUACAACAAAUUACUUAAGAUUUUACGUUCAUUAGAAAACUCUUUUAAUCCACCGCAGUAACCGAGGAUGAUCCUGAACUAUGUAUAAAGCACUUGUUCACUUUCUUAUCGAACCAAAAUUUGAAUAAUUGAACCGCAAUUACGAGAAA